CGUAAAAUCUUAAGAUUUUACGAUGUUAGGUAUGGAUGCCGAGUAAAAUCGACUUCAAAAUCGGAUUUUCAUAAAAUCGGAUGAUAAAACCGUAAAAGCGCGAUUUUUUCGUAAAAUCGUUUGAAAUCUCGAUUUCACUUUCACAAAAAUUGAAGAAGAGAUUUCCAGAAAUUUGCCGCAGGGGAGGGAAAGAUUUUGGACUGCUACGGUGCCGGCGGUGCCGCUGUUCACUGCCACUGCUCACAUCUCACGCACUGGCGGGAUCGAAAUCUAUUUGGUGACCCCAAUCAUGUGGAGCCAGCCUUAAAUAGUAGGAUUUGGUUGCUGCUGCUCACUGCUCAAGCAAAGAAUGAUCAAAUUUGUUGCCACAAAAAGGAGUAGAUAAGGAUCAGGAAGCGAGCUUGAAUGUAGAAAAAUGGUAGAAAAGAAAGAAGAUGAUAAGGCGAAGAAGGGGAGCUUCUUGCCUUCUUCUCAAGCCCUCUUCUCAAACAAAAGAAUGGGUACCCAGAAGCUUUCUCUGCUUCCCCUGCUGUUUCUUGUUGUAGUUUUUUCUGCUACAUCCCACAAUUCAGUAGGUGCAGAAGCAAGGCCCCUUCCCUUCCUUCCUCAACAAACAGAUUACUCGAAGCUGUUGUCUACCCUUGGAGUUGUCUGUAAGUGUUGCGAUGGAAUUGGAGGCGACUGCUCUGUUACAUGGACAGAUCCCUGCUCCAAUCUCCAGUGCCAGCCGUGGAAACAGUAUCAAAAUUCUCAUACCCAAUCUUAAAUUUUGCUUGUAAAUAUCUUCAAGAUAUAAUCCUAUGUCUACGCGCACACACACGAGAUUAGUACUUGUAUGUCUGCUAUAUUUAUGUUUAUAUGGCCCGACGAUGAGCAUCAAAUGUAGUUUGUACUGGUUCUGAUUUUGCUUCUUUUGUUCCUGUUAAGUUAUAAGUUACCAAGGAACAGAUAAAUGGGAAAAUUUGUGUGUGGAAUUAAACUUUGUGAUGUUGC